CACUUGACUCCUCAAAGGUCGUCAAUGCUUGCAGCUUGCAUUUUCCACAGAAGCAGCAGCUCUUGAACCCACUGUCCAGCAUCUCCCUCUCCACCCACCAACACUGUGUUUCCCUGUCUACUGCGCGUGUGUUUUGGAGCUCCCGGCGUAGCCAUGGCUGAGGUACUGGCCACCAUGGUGGUCGGGCCACUGGUGUCCAUGGUGAAGGAGAAGGCCUCCAGCUACCUCCUGGACCAGUACCAGGUGAUGGAGGGCAUGGAGGAGCAGCACAAGCUCCUGAAGCGCAAGCUGCCGGCCAUCCUCGAUGUCAUCGCCGAUGCCGAGCAGCAGGCGGCGAAACAGAGAGAAGGGGCCAAAGCUUGGCUGGAGGAGGUCCGGACGGUGGCCUACAAGGCGAAUGAUGUCCUCGACGAGUUCAAGUACGAGGCGCUUCGCCGCAAAGCCAAGGCGGAGGGCCACUACAAGGCGCUCGGCAUGGAUGUAAUAAAGCUCUUCCCUUCUCACAACCGUUUUGUGUUCCGUUAUAAGAUGGCAAAAAGGCUCUGCAUGAUCUUGCAAGAAAUUGAUGUCCUCGUCGCAGAGAUGAAUGCGUUCAGGUUCAAAUUCAAACCGCAGCCGCAAAUGCCCAUGCAAUGGAGGCAGACGGAUGCUUGCAUCGCCACUGAGUCUGUGGGCAUUGCCAUCGAAUCAAGAGCUCAAGAGACGAAGCAUCUUGUUGAUCGAUUGCUUGCUGAAGCCAGCAGUAUGAAUCUCAUGGUCCUUCCGAUAGUAGGAAUGGGGGGGUUGGGCAAGACCACCUUAGCGCAGCUCGUUUACAAUGACCCUAAAAUUCAGAAGCAUUUCGAGUUGCGGCUCUGGGUGUGUGUCUCUAAUGAUUUUGAUGUGGAUUCCCUGGCUAACAGAAUAGUGAAAGAGAAUGGUUGUCAAGCAAGUGGAAGUUCAUCAGCACUGGACAAUCUUCAAAAGGCAGUGAGUGGGAAGAGGUACCUCCUUGUAUUGGAUGAUGUGUGGAACCGUGAUGAGCCCAGCAAGUGGGAAAGGCUCAAGUCCUACCUUCAGCAUGGUGGCAGCGGUAGCUCAGUGCUGACAACAACUCGCGAUGAAGCUGUUGCUAAACUAAUGAUGGGUACAACUGAAGGAGCCUAUAAACUUGGAAGCUUGGAUGAAGAGUCCUUAGGGAAAAUUAUCAAGGCAAGAGCAUUCGGUUCAAAACAAGAAAAGGAGUGGCCUGGUGAACUAGUUAACAUGGUUGGUGAAGUUGCCAAGAGAUGUGCUGGUUCUCCUUUAGCUGCUACAGCAUUGGGCUCUUUCCUGGGUACCAAGACCAGAAAGCAAGAAUGGGAGGAUGUACUAAAUGGAAGCACGAUUUGUGAUGAGGAAAAUGGGAUUUUACCAGUACUUAAACUAAGUUACAAUUGCUUGCCAUCAUACAUGCGGCAAUGCUUUGCUUUCUGUGCUAUGUUUCCCAAGGAUUAUGAGAUUGACGUGCAAAUGCUAAUCCACUUGUGGAUGGCCAAUGGUUUUAUCCCAGAGCAAUCAAAAGUGUGUCCUGAAACUUUUGGAGAAAGAAUUUUCAUUGAGCUGAAGUCAAGGUCAUUUUUUCAGGAUUUGAAGAAUGUCCCAUUUGACAAAAAUAAAUAUUCUAUUUAUGGAGAGGGUGAUAAGCACAGGUAUUCUUCUAGAAUUACUUGUAAGAUCCAUGACCUUAUGCAUGAUGUUGCACAGUCUGCUAUGGGAGAAGAAUGUGCUGCAAUAGCUACACACCCAAGUGAAAGAGAGGAUGUUCUUCGUUCAGCUCGUCACUUGUAUUUGUCAAUCCGUCGACCAGAAACUCUUCUGAAUGCUUCCCAAGAGAAAGGAUCUCCAGCUUUCCAAACACUGAUUUCUGACGGAUAUGUAGAAGGAGAUUUGAAGAUUUUAUCAAAAUACAACUCUAUAAGAGCUUUAAAGAUCGAUUGUGGUUCAAUCCUAAGGCCGAAAUAUCUUCAUCACCUGAGGUAUCUUGAUCUCUCAGAAAGUGAUAUUAAAGCACUUCCUGAAGACAUUAGCAUCCUUUAUCAUCUGCAAACACUGAACCUUUCUUACUGUAAGUGGCUUGAACGGCUUCCAAAGGAACUGAAGUAUUUGACUGGCCUCCGUCACCUCUACACUCACGGAUGUAGAGAUUUAAAAAGCAUGCCUACAGAGCUCGGACGCCUAACUUCCCUGCAGACGCUUACAUACUUUGUAGCAGGUGCCGACGACUCCGGUUGCAGUAAUUUGGGAGAGCUGCAGAAUUUGGACCUUGGUGGUACACUGGAGCUUAGGAAGCUAGAAAAUGUGACAGGAGCAGAUGCACAAGCAGCAGGUCUUGGAAACAAGAAAAAACUGACCGAACUGGAGUUAUGUUGGACCAAUAGUGACCAGGAAGCACAGAAUAAUAAUCAUAAAGAGGUGGUGGAAGGUCUCAAACCUCAUGAUGGGUUGAAGGCUCUGAGGAUAACUCACUGUGGGAGCAGAACUUUUCCAUGGAUGAAUACUUUGAAAGGCAUGGUGGAGCUCAAAUUAUCUCUUUGCAAAAAGCUCGAAGAGCUUCCUGCACUCUGGGAGCUACCACCUCUGCAAAUUCUUCACCUGCAGGGUUUGGAGAGUUUAGAUUGUUUGUGCAGCGGUGGUACUACACCCGUCACAUUUCCAAAACUGAAGGUGAUUGCCUUGUUAGAAAUGGCAAAAUUUGAGGCAUGGUGGGAGACAUAUGAGGUACAAGGAGAAGAUCCAGUAUUUCCUGAGGUUGAGGAGCUGGUGAUUAAGAAGUGUAAAAGUUUGACUGCAUUACCAAAAGCAGCAUCGGUGAUUACAGAAUUGUCUGGCAGAGUUGACACUAAGUGCCGCUCUGCAUUUCCAGUAUUGAGGAAAAUGACCCUAGGUGAGUUGACUAUGUUUGAAAGAUGGGAGGCAGGCGAAGGAAUUUCAGGCGAAGAGGUAACCUUUCCUCAGCUUGAGGAGCUGUCAAUCGAGUAUUGUGGCAGCCUGAGUGCACUACCAAAAGGACCAUUAUUGGCUAAGCAACCAUUUGGCGGAGCUGAAACUGUGUGCUGCCGCUCUGCAUUUCCAGCACUGAGGAAACUAGAAUUAUCUCAUUUGUCAGCCCUUGAGAGGUGGGGGGCAGCCGAAGGAACUCCAGGAGAAGAGGUAACCUUUCCUCAGCUCGAGGAGCUGUCAAUCUCGUAUUGUGGCAGCCUGAGUGCACUACCAAAAGGGUCAUUAUUGGCUAAGCAACCAUUUGGCGGAGCUAAAACUGUAUGUUGCCGCUCUGCAUUUCCAGCACUGAGAAAACUAAUAUUAUUUGAUUUGUCGGUCCUUGAGAGGUGGGGGGCAGCCGAAGGAACUCCAGGAGAAGAGGUAACCUUUCCUCAGCUCGAGGAGCUAUCAAUCACGGAGUGUGGCAGCCUGUGUGCACUACCGAAAGGGCCAUUAUUGGCUAAGCAACCAUUUGGCGGAGCUGAAACUGUGUGCUGCUGCUCUGCAUUUCCAGCACUAAGAAAACUAGAGUUAUCUCAUUUGUCAGCUCUUGAGAGGUGGGGGGCAGCCGAAGGAACUCCAGGAGAAGAGGUAAUCUUUCCUCAGCUCGAGGAGCUGUCAAUCACGGAGUGUGGCAGCCUGUGUGCACUACCGAAAGGGCCAUUAUUGGCUAAGCAACCAUUUGGCGGAGCUGAAACUGUGUGCUGCCGCUCUGCAUUUCCAGCACUGAGGAAACUAGAAUUAUCUCAUUUGUCAGCCCUUGAGAGGUGGGGGGCAGCCGAAGGAACUCCAGGAGAAGAGGUAACCUUUCCUCAGCUCGAGGAGCUAUCAAUCACGGAGUGUGGCAGCCUGUGUGCACUACCGAAAGGGCCAUUAUUGGCUAAGCAACCAUUUGACGGAGCUGAAACUGUGUGCUGCCGCUCUGCAUUUCCAGCACUGAGGAAACUAAAAUUAUCUCGUUUGUCGGUCCUUGAGAGGUGGGGGGCAGCCGAAGGAACUCCAGGAGAAGAGGUAACCUUUCCUCAGCUCGAGCGGCUGUCAAUCUCGUAUUGUGGCAGCCUGAGUGCACUACCAAAAGGGCCAUUAUUGGCUAAGCAACCAUUUGGCGGAGCUAAAACUGUAUGUUGCCGCUCUGCAUUUCCAGCACUGAGAAAACUAAUAUUAUUUGAUUUGUCGGUCCUUGAGAGGUGGGGGGCAGCUGAAGGAACUCCAGGAGAAGAGGUAACAUUUCCUCUGCUGGAGGAUUUGAAUAUUGAUUUCUGCCCGAAGUUGACUGAUCUACCUGAAGCACCGAAGCUAAGUGAAUUAUCCAUAAGAAGAAAAGGUGAUGAUCAGCAGCAAAUAUCCCUAGAGACAGCUAGCAGAUGCAUCCCUUCAUUGUACCGUCUGAAUCUGGAUGUGUCACCCGAUGAAACAGAAACAACAUUGCUGCAUGUCAAGAAUAAAUUGAAUGGUACACUCGCCUUGGCAGCUAUGGGGUUAGGUCGGUGCGACCUUUUUUUCUCCUCCCGCUCAAGCGCACUGGCGCUAUGGACAUGUUUUGCACAGCUAGUAUAUUUGAGGAUUUGGGAUUGCGAUGCUCUUGUCUACUGGCCAGAAAACGUGUUCGAGGUCCUGGUAUGCCUGAGGAACUUAGAUAUUUCCGUAUGCAGAAAUCUGACAGGACGCACACAAGCUUCUGAUGAGCAAUCUGCUCCAGCACCAGAACGUGGUGGACUCCUGCCAUGCCUGGAGUCUCUACAGAUAGUAGAAUGUAAAUCUUUGGUAGAGGUCCCCAUCCUGCCGGCAUCUCUCAAGGAAUUACAUAUUCACAGCUGCAGUGAUGAAAUCGAGUCCAUCGUAUUCUGUCAGCAGGAGGAUACGAGGUUGGUGAGUGGAGAGGGUAUUGUGCGGCCGAAGACGUCAUCAUUAAUUCCAGGGUGCAACAGCAGCUGUGAGGCCACAGCGUCUACAGCUGUACUGAAGCUGUCAUUUGCAGCCAACCAUCGCUUCCUUCCAUUUCCAUGCCUAGAAUUUCUAGCUAUAAUGCAUUGCAGUGGCUUGUCAGAGGUUGCCAAUCUUCCUCCGUCUAUCAAGGCCUUGAACAUUUCUUUAUGCGGCGAGCUUCAAUCCCUAUCAGGAGACCUCCGGUUGCUGGAAGAACUCUUGUUUUAUGGAUGCGAAAGACUGGUAUCCUUACCGGAUGGGCCUCAAGCAUACUCAUCUCUUAGAGUUCUUCGGAUAAUGAAUUGUGAAGGUAUAAAGUUGCUUCCGUCAAGCCUACAGAGCCGUUUGGGCUACCUCGAGGAGAAAUAUCUAGAUGCCCGUUACGAAGAAUUGCCAGAACCAACCUGGAAACGUUCAAUCAGGAAGCUGGUGUGCUCGAAAUAGUAGAUCAAGGCCUGACCAAAGAAAAUUAUCUCCAAGGAUGGUGCCAGACCUGCAAAAGAUGGAUUACUGUGACUCUUGUUUAGAAUGUAUCAUAUGCGCAUUCUGAAGAUAUUCUCCAGUAAAGUCAAGGCAAAGUCCUAGAUUUGAGCAGAAAACAAAUCCUAGAUUGCAAGCUGAAGAAUUUAGCACACAGAGCUGCGUGCUCCAGUCUUUUAUCCGUCUUCAAACUGAAGACCUUUAUUUUGAGCAGAAACGAAGUCCCAGACUGCAAGCAGAAGAAUUUAGCAUACAGAGCUACGGGCUCCAGUCUUUUAUCCUUAUUUUUUCUUUUGAACUAUGACAUGUUUGCAUUCGUGUCUGCUUCAGCCUCCAGCACAAGCGAAACACAGGCAGAGGAUACUUGCCAUAGA